GAGUAAAAUUUUGCUCGGAGAGGAUGUUUUGGAAUAUAGCUCUAGUGUAAUAAUAUAUUAAUUUUUUUAUGUUUAGAUGUCCUCUAAGUCAUAUGAACAAAAAUUUAGAGAUGCCUGGCUCAAAGACACAGAAUUAAAAGAUUGGCUUAUUUCAGUGCCUAGUACUGUAAGUAAUCAAGCUAAAUGCAAAAUAUGCCAUGCAUUGUUAAAUAAUCACUACAGUGAUCUCAAACGGCAUAACAAUUCAAAAAAACACAAAGUAAACGAAAAUAUUGUUUUUGGAAAAUCUCAAAAAAAACUUGUUUGCAAAAAUAUAGAAUCUAUAGAAGAGAAACACGCAGAAGUUAAAUUGGCACUUUAUGUAGCUUGUCACACAUCAAUAAAUGCGGUAGAUCAUCUAAACGAAGUAUGCAAGAUAGCAUUUCCUGGAAAUACAUCGAAUCUUCGUCUUCAUAGGAGCAAAUGCACCUGUAUUUUGAAUAAUGUGCUAGCACCAUAUUUUCAACAUAAUUUAAUUACGGAUAUUGGAUCUUCUACCUUUAGUUUAAUUAUCGACGAAUCUACAGAUAUUUCAACUCAAAAAUAUUUAGUGGUUGCAGUUCAUUAUUCAUCAUUACUAUUGGUAGUAUCGCUUUAUAUCUUCGUUGAAGAAGUUUAUAAAAAUCUAGUGCUUUCUGGUGUAUUGGAAGAGACAAUCUAGGGUACCAUUGCUUCAAAAA